UUAUCGAUAGUGACAUCGACCUUUUUGCAGCUCUAGCAGAAGGAAAAUAAAAUUAACCAGGAGCGCAAAAAACGGAAAACUCGAGUUAUCUGCGCCACGGUCGGAACCAACGGGAUUGCAAAGUGCCAGCAAACCCCGAAAUCCACGCAGAGCAAGCUACCAAAGAGGCAUCCGGAAUUGUUUUUAGUCAAGAAAUCACAAAUCCCGCAGAGGAGCAACGUUUCCAAUAAGCAAGCAUACAUAAAUGGUUUCUACUUUCAUUGGCCUACUGGACAUUCAAUCAUGGUGGGAGAUACCGUGUAUUUCGCAUUUCUGUUCAUUGUUUAGUUCUGCCUUUGAUCUGCCUGACAUCGAUAUCGAGGACCUCGAAUCGGCGCUGCUCUCCGAUGGUACCAGCGAUGAGGAUCAGGUCGCCCUAGUGCCGGAAUUAAUUGUGCGCCUGCUCAAGGGCUGCGAUGCGCUACAGUCGGUAGCCAAGGAAAUCACACACAGCAACUAUCAGAUGUUCUUGCGCCGCUUCCUGCGCCAACAGUGUCGUUUGCACCAGACCGAGAACCACUUUGACACGGACAUAGACUUCCAGUCGCUGCCCGUGCGCAAGCGCCUGCACAUCCUGCACGACCUGUGUCACUUCCGCCUCGACUCGGCCGAUGUGCAGGUCAUUCUCAGCAAUCUAGAGGCGGACAGCCUGCGCGUGGAGCCCCUUGGCUACGACGCCAAGAACUCGGGCUAUUGGUACUUUUACGGCACGCGUCUCUAUCGCGAGGACAAGGCCAGCGGAGCGGCCUCAGCAUCUGGAUCGGGCGGUGGAGGAGGUGGAUCAGGCUCAGCCACAUCAACGGGCGGAGCCUCUAGCAGUAGCAAGGGCAUCGGUAGCAACGGCACCAUCUGGCAGGUGAUCUGCUUCACCGAGGAGGACUGGCAGAAUUUGGCCGCCAAGUUUAAGACCUCGACGAACGCCAAGGAGCGCGAACUCUUCCAAAUACUCGAUGAGAAUUUUCUGCCCAAGCUGCCGCAGCUAUUCCGGGAGCGUGAGCGUUUAAGGCGCAGAAAACUUCUUCAAGUGCGCAACUCUAGUCGCAUUCGCAACCUUGUGGAGCUGAAGGCACGCCAGGAGGAAGAGCGCCAGCGAAGGGAGCGCGAGAAUCUGUAUCAGGAGCGGCAGAACGCACACUGGCUGGCACCGCCCACGCAACAGCAGCAAUAUCAGCAGCAGCAGCAACAGCAGCAGCAGCAGCAACAACAGCAGCAACAGCAACAACAACAGCAGCGCACACGGAGACGAUCGCAAUCCACAUCGACGGCCAGUGGUAUUUCAACCUACGCAAGCUCCCUCAGACGAACAACCACAACUAAUUCGAGCGAAUUUCUGUGCCACAGGGAAACCUUCUGCCUCUCGCCAGAGAACGACGACGACGAUAGGGAGGCCCUCGACGCGGAGCAGCCACACGAAGAGCAACAAGAAGAGCAGCAGCAGCAGCAGCAGGACCAUCAAGAAGUAGAAUUAUUAACAGAUUUUCGAUCGCCACAAACGCCGAAAUCGCAAAGCAGAGGCCACCAUAGCCACCACCAUCAACAGCAACAUCAACACCAUCAUCAUCAUCAUCACCACAAGAAGAAAAAGUCGGGCAAGAAGCAAAAGAAGCGACAUCAUCGCGAUCGCGAGCAUCAUCACCAUCAUCGACGGCGACACAAGCAUGCUUCAGAGGCAGACGAGGACGACAACAACAAUAACCACAACAAUAAUCACAACAGCAACAGUAAUAGCAGCAGCAGCAACUACAGUGCCCAGCAAAAGCGACAGCAGCAUCAGCAGCAGCAGCAGCCACAGGAGACUCCUCCCGAGGAGGGACCAAACACCACUAGCACUUCUCUAAGUCCCGAGGACAAGGAGAACUUUUGCAGGCAACUGCAAUUGUUGGACACCAACUCGGCGGCAAUUGCCGUGGCCACCAGCAUCGCCAAUCUAAGUCUGCCGUCUCCAUCGGUGGCACAUGAGAGCGAGGCAGAGCAGGAAGAUCAGCACCAGCAGCAGCAGCAGGUGGUUGAGCCAGAGCCACUAGCAGCAACAGGAAUAGCCUCCUCUUCGAUGGCGCCAGCGGCAAAUGUCAAGUUGCCCGGCAGGCAAACCAACAAUUCGCUCAGUUCCCUGACUGGCAACAUUUUCAUACCUGCGGGAGGAACAAGUGACACGCAGUCACAGCCACAGCAGGCCCAGGAGCAGAGCGGCGCUAGCAGCAGUAGCAGCAGCAGCACUACAGCUAGCACCGUGCGAUCCAAGAAGCAAAAGGCCGUUCUCAACAAUAGCGGAAGCGGAGGCAGCAGCAGUAGCAGCAUCAAGGCGGCGGCGGCGGAAAAGGCGGAAACGUGCAAGCCCAAGAAGCUGGCCUCGUCAUCGGCAUCCUCCUCCUCGUCCAGCAAGGCGGAGCGGCGGCAGAGCGGUGCCUACUCGGACAAGAGUGGAGAUGACUUUACCGAAACGGAGGAGGUCCUUCAAAUAGGAAUGCACAAGGUGCUGGUCUACGUGAAGAACCAUCGCGAUGCCUGGCCCUUUAUGGAUCCCGUGGAGGAGGAUAUUGCCCCACGAUAUUAUUCAAUAAUCAGGAGACCCAUGGACCUGCUCAAGAUGGAGGACAAGCUGGACAGUGGGGAAUAUCACAAAUUUAGCGAAUUUCGAAACGAUUUCCGCUUGAUUGUCAACAACUGUCGACUGUACAAUGGGCACAAUAAUGAAUACACGGAAAUGGUGAACAAUCUGCAGGAUGCCUUUGAAAAGGCCACCAAAAAGUACUUUGAUAAUCUCUCCGACGACGAAGAUGAUGAUCCCAAUCUCAGCUACCCCGCCGCCGACUCCAAAAUGAAUGUUUUUCGCGAGAAAUACUUUAGCAAGAAGGCCAAGGAGGAGACGGAGAAGGAUGCAGCGGCAAUGGGUGGUCGCCCAGAAAGCAGCGCCGAUGAAGAGCGCAGCGAGAUUGAAGAGGAGGCCUUGCAGAAAACCCAAAAACGUAAGCGAAAGGAGAAGGAUAAACGGCGCAAAAAGAAGAGCAAAAGCAAGGCAGAGCCGGAAACGGAUGACGAGGACAUGGAACCUGAGAAGGAACCAACGCCACCGCCGCCAGCUCCGAGCAAGAAGAGCAAAGCGGGUAAGGUGGCAAGGGAAAAGGAGAAGGAAAAGGAUAAAGAGAAGGAAAAAGACAAGGAAAAGGAAAAGGAGAAAGAAAAAGACAAGGAACCUGCAGCUAACAAGCGGGGACGCAAGCCCAAGAGUGAUAAGUCCGCGGCCAAGCCUGGAAAGCAGCCACAAAAGACCAAAAAGGGAACCAAGAAGCUAACAGCCCCCGAAACGGAACCCGAAUCGGCGGAGGCCAGCGAUAGUCGUGAGAGCGACGACUUCUCUGACGACGAGCACAUAUCCUUGGCCAAGGCCAAGGCCAAGUCCCUCCUCAAACCGCCCACAGCACGAACGAUAGCGGCGCAGAAGAAAAAGUCAGUGCCAGCGGAAUCCAAAGUAAAGACGCUGACGCCCGUUAAGCGGCAAGUGAAGGGCAGUAAGGGGAGUAAGGCCACGGAACAGCUACUGCCGCCAACAGCAGCCGAUGCCUUGGCCGAAUCCGCCGCCGAGCUGGAAGAAGACGAAGACGAGGAGGAAGAGGACACCAGGCGCGCCGACGAUGAUGAGGAGGAUGAAGACGAGGAUGGCUCGCGUUCCCGCAGCAUGUCACCCUUUAAGGUUGAUCUCCACAAGAAAUACUCGAAAAGUGCCCUUAACGAUGAUCUCUCCGAGCUGCUGACCACCGUGAAGAAGGUGCCCAAUGCCGAGACCACCAAGCUGAGUGCCCGGCAUCAUCAGGAUGAAGACGAGGAGGAGAAGGAGGAGGGUUCAGACGGGGACUUUAAAUCGCUGAGCAGCAGUCGAGCCAGCUCCCAGGAGCGUCUGAAGGUGACGAAAAAGGGUAGAAAAGGUGAGAGCUCCAAGAAGGAGAAGGAAAAGAAGAGCAAGGACAAAGACAAGGACAAAUCCCGCACUACCAAGCACAAGAAAAGCAAAGAGGAGUCUGUCUUGUCUGCUGCCGCUGCCGCAGCUGCCGCCGAGCAGGCCGAACUGGAGAUGCUUUUGCCGUUUAUGGACAAGUACGAUGUGAUAAAGUUCCGACGCAGUCGUGCUGCCCAGAGUGGCUCCAGUGCCUCCAACUCCAUAGCCCCCUCCGAGGACUCCAAGCCAGCCAGCACCAAGAGCGGCAGCAAGAAGACCUCGUCUAAAAGAGAACCCGAUCCUCCUCCAGAGCAGCACAAGCGGGGAAGGAAGAGCAAAGACCAAAAGCGUAGCAAGGAGGCAGAGAAGCAGGAGAAGACUGAAAAGGCGGCCCAGAAGGAGGUAGAGAAAAACACGGAGGGCAAGACCAAGAAAAAGGAGGAGCCUCUUGCUUUCAAGGAGAAAAUGGAAAAGCCAGCGAAGGAGAAGUCCCCGGCUCCCGUAGAGCCUGCGGAGAAAAGCAAGAAGGAGGAGGUUUCCACCACGCCAGCAAGUCUUUCAUCAUCUACAACCAAGGUAAAGGAUACACAGGGAAAGACCACAGCCAAGAAGAGACCCGACAAGCAAAUGCCGCCUCCACCAAAGCCCGUGGAUAAACCCAGCGGCGACAAGGCUUCCAGCAAAAAAUCCGCCGCCGGGAAAAAAGCUUCAGCCCAAAAGGCAAGCCAGGUGCAGACCAACAAUACCAAUCUAGAGGCCUUGGAUGUGGAAACAGAACAAACUCUGAAGGACAUCAAUCGCUGGCUGGAGCACACGCCUCGCUUCACAGAGUUCAGUUCGGCCAGCAACUCGCCUUCCCGCUACAAUCUCCUCGAUGACUUUGACUCCGGGAUUGGCAGCAAGCUGGAUGCAGCGGAUUUCCGCCGUCCCGUUGCCUUGGCCGCACCCAAAACGGAAUUGGUGCCCACAAAGCUAGCGGAGGCAUUGAACGACCUGGUGAGUGAACCAAAAGAAGCCACAGCAGCAGCAGCCAGUAAAUCGGAGUCCGAGUCUCUGGCUCCCACGGCGAGCAGUGUGAGCAGCAGCUGUGGUACUCCGCCCCAUUCGAUGCACUCGGGCAACUCCAUUGGCAGCACCUCCGCCACAGCGGCCUCCAGUUCGAAUUGCUCCAACAACUCCAUGCCCACGCCUCUGCCUGUGGCUGUUAUAACUCCCCUGCCUCCGGUUUUGCCUUGCCUGCCUCUACCUCAGCCCCCGGUGAAGCCCAAGGAGCCCAGCACCACGCAAUUGCUGUUGAAUCCUCCGCCUCCGCCUCAUAUCAAGCAGCAGCUGGCCAAGGAGGCCAAGCGCAAGUCCCUCAAGGAGAAACAGGCGGCGGCUCAGGCUGCCCAGGCGCAGCAGGUCAAGGCCAAGGCGAAUGUGAUGAGGACCAUCGAUAGGCUUCAGCCGGGCAAGGCCAAGGGUAAUCUCAUCCAAAAUGUGGCUGCUGGCAAGUCCACGGAGGAGAGUAGCGAUUCCCUCGUGGGCACAAACCCAGUGGCCACCAAGGCCAAGGAGCUGAAAAACGCCCUGAUUACGGAAACCUGCGAGGGAGCACCAAAACUGAGCCUGGGCACUGUGAUCAAGACCCAGGACUUUGCUCUGGGCAAAACGCUGGAAGAACUGGCCCGGAAUAAGCCCACAGAGGAAGAUGAAGGCGGGCCCACGGAGGACAGCAAAACCGAGGAGGCGUCGACACCACCCACCACGCCCAGCAAGGAGGGGGGCGGAGGACCUCCCAAGCCAUUUGAAGCUCUGCUGGAGCUUAGCAAAGCGGGCAAAGCGGCGGGUGGUGAGGGGGCCAAGGGAGAUGCUGCCAGUCAGCAGAAGAAGAAGCCUGAUCUAAGCGCCUGGCUGCAGGCUUUUGGAGGUCCCAAGGUGAGCAAGAAGACGGAUGAGGAUGAGCCAUCCAAGCAGCAGAUGCUGCAGCAACAGCAGCAGGACCUGCUGCCGGGUGAAGGUGCCACGGUGGCGCCGCCAGCUCAUUCACCCGCCGGUGACAAUUUCUCGCUGCCCACGGUGAUGCGUCCCAGAAAGCCAAGCACCGGCAGCACCAACUCGGAGCGCAGUUCCUUUAGUCAGGAUCCGGACUCUCCCAGAAUAGCCAUCGAUGAGCGUUACGGAUCGUAUGCUGCAGGCUCGUACACCUCGCCCAUAGGAGCCUCACCCAUUGGAGCCUCGCCCAUAAUGGUCUCGCCCAAGCCCAACGAUGACAUGGGCAAGCCGGCGUCGCCUUAUCCCCUGAAUGGAGCCAUCAAGGUGGGUUUCUACCAGGAUACGACGACCAAGAGCAGCCCGGACAAGAGCUGCAGCCCCAGGGAGAUGAACUCGCCGUAUCCGCAGUAUUCCCAGCACAUUUACUCCUCCGCCUCCUCACCGAAUGUUUCCACGCCGGAUUUGAGCGGUACCUCACCCUAUGGCGGUGGGAAUAGCUACAAUCCUUCGGGCUCUGAGGCUUCCAAGACACCUGCUUAUUCUUCCACCUCCCCGCUGCCCAUUUACGACCAAUACAAGCAGCCGCGCUCCCAGGAAUCGGAUUACAACUCCUCGAUGAGUCCGAGCACCCCGAAUCCCCACUCGCCCUAUCAACAGCCCCAGAGUUCGCCGUACACCACGCCCCAGCAAUCGCAGUCGACGCAGCCGUCGCCCUACCAUGGUCAGUCGCCGUAUCACCAGCAACAGCACUCUCCUUACCAUCCGCCGGCGGCACAGCAGCAGCAGCAACAGCAGCAGCAACCCUCGCACAGUCCGGCGUCUCAUCAGCAGGCCCACAGUCCCAUACCUUCGCCGGCUUCCUCGGCGGCCACGCAGCCACCAACACCUUUGGCGCAUUCUCCCGCAGAGCAGCAGCAUUCGCCGUACCAGCAGCCCGUGUUGUCGCCCUACCAGCAGCCUCAGUCGCAGCAGCAGGUGCAACCUCCUGUAGUACCGCCUGCCACAGGGGCCGUUAGUAACAAUGGCUAUGGACCCUCCACCCACGAUACCUACCAGCAGCAUCAGCAACGCUCCUUGUAUAAUCCUGCCACUCUGAUAAAUCCUUUGCCCACGGCGGUUGCUCCCCCGACAGCUGCUUCUAUUGCUAAGCCAAACAAUGACUGGAGCCUCAAUCGCAGUUUGUUGCCGCCUAGCAUUGCAAAUGCGGCAAAUCAGGCGACGCAGCAAGCGGGACAGCAGCAGCAGCAGCAACAAUUGCAAGCAACACCCCAACAGCAGCAAUUACAGACUCAGCAACAGCAGCAGCAGCAGCAACAGCAGCCACAAUUGCAAGCAACACCCCAACAGCAGCAAUUGCAGACGCAGCAACAGCAGCAAUCCCAGCUGCAGCAGCAACUCAAGCCCAAGUAUCCAACUUAUGCCCAAUAUCAGUCAACAAAUGCAGCAGCCAGUGCAGCGGCUGCAGCAGAUGCGGUGGAUACGCAACAACAGCAGCAGCAGCAGCAGCAGCAGCAGCAGCAGAAGAUAGUGCCGCCAAGUUAUGGCAGCGAUAUGGCCACCUUUAUGCAGCAUCAAAUGCAGCAGCCUCCCAAGACGGACACUCUGAUAAAUCCUCUGAAGAGGCCCGGCGAGGACAUGGGCAUGGAUUACAGUGGCAAUGCAGCGGCAAAUAAAAUGGCAAAAUUGGAAGAGACGCCUGCACAGCAGCCACAGUUGCAGCAGCAGCAACAACAACAGCAGCAACAACAGCAGCAGCCGCAAUUGCAAACUUUGCUCAACAAGCAACAGCAAAUGUUUAAUAGCUUUCUGGGUUCCAUGGCCUUUGGCAAGCCUUUGGGCAACAUAGCGCCGGACAAGGCCUUUGAAAUGUACAACAGGGCGGCGGCCAUGGGCUUUCCCAAGGAGUUUGCCAAGGACAAUUGUCAACUGCAGCAGCAGCCGCAAUCAGUGCCACAGACCAGCAGCAGCAACAAGCAGCAGACAAAUCAACAGCAACAGCAGCAGCAACAGCAGCAGCAGCAGCCACAUCUCACGCAGUUGCAGACGCCGCAUAAUCAAAACUACCAGCAACAGCAGCAAGCUCAGGCCCAAAAGUUGCCACUGCAACAGCAACAGCAGCAGCAGCAACAGCAAACGCAGCAAAUUAACUACCAGCAACAACACAAUUACACUACCCAGCAACAGCAGUCAGUCCCUGAGAAACCCGCCUCAGCACAACAACAAGCCCCACUUCCCACUGCCGUAAGCGAUGCCAGCAGCAACAUGAUGCAUCACCAGCAUCAUCUCAGUCAGACGCAUCAUUUGGCCGCCUACAACAAGCCCACGCCCCCGCCACCGCCUCAGACCUACAGCAAUCCCCUGAUGCAAUCCAUGCUGGGCUAUGCCGGCAACUAUUUCGACAAGACCAUGCCGCCGGCGGCUCACAUGUACAGUGCCUCGAGCUCAGCGGCCACGGCUUACGGGAAUCCGGCGCAGCAACUGCCCGGCAACUAUGUGCCAGGCAACAACAAUCCCGCACACCAGCAGCAGCAGCAACAACAGCAGCAACAACAGCAGCAGCAACAGCAGCAGCAAGCGGCAGCAGUGGCUCCAGCGGAAGUCAAAGCGCCAGCCAAGAGAGGAAGGAAAAAGAAGGCAGCCACAAUUGCAGCAGAAGCAGCAGCAGUCAAGCAUCAACAGCAGCAGCAACAGGCACAACAACAGGUGCAGCAACAGCAACAAGUGCAGCAGCAACAGCAGCAGCAACAACAACAACAUCAACACCAAUCCAUGCCGCAGUACAAUAUGGCGCAGACCGCAGCCUCUGUUUCGGCAGCUGCUGCUGCUGCUGCCACCAACAAUCAGCUGCAGGCGCAUGCCCAGGCGCUGCACCAGGGCUUCCAGCUGUACGCAGGUCUUAAAUCUGGAGGAGUAUCCUCGCCAGGAUCGGCUACCGGCGGCGGCGGCGGCGGCAGCAGCAAUACCAGCAAUCAGACGACGGCAGCGGCAGAUGCUGCAGCAGCCAUCUCACUGAAGACUUCAACAGGCAGCAGUGGCGGCGGCAUUGUUCCAGGCAGUGCCUUCAAUUUUGCACCCACACCCGGAGCCCUGGGCCUCUAUGGCGAUCAGUCGGCGGCAGCGGCAGCCAGCAGCUAUUUGGAUCAGUUCCGGGAUGCCCCCAAUCCUUACUACAUGCCACCGGCGCCAGCGCAUAGUGGAGCGUCUGGCAAUCCCGUGGGCAAUGCUGGGGACAAGACCGGACAGAAUCCCUUGAACACAGCCGCUGGAUCCUAUCCCUUCCUGGCGGCAGCGGCGGGGGCCCAUCCCUCAACGCGGGCAGCGGCUGCUGCAGCGGCCUAUCCCUUCGUCGACCCCAAUUCGCAGCUAUACCAGCAGUACCUGCGACGCGAUGACUUUCACACGCGGAUGAUCUUCAAUCAGAGUCUGCUGAGCGGGCCGGCAGCGGCGGCGGCAGCAGCCGGCUAUGGACAACCGCCGCCGCCGCCAUCUGCAUACCAACGAGCCACACUGGGCAUGCCAAAGCCGUAUGACAUUAACCGGCAGUCAUGGUUUUAGCAGUACGCCAGUGCCGCCAACGUGGAUCUCCAAGGGGACGACCUGACGGGGGCGGCAACUGGAACAAGUUCGGGCUCAGGAGCAGCAACUGGAGCUUCAGCGGCAGCCGCACAGCGAUGAAGGGGGUCAACACAGGCUAAGAAAAGGUUUCAAGAAAAUUGGUUCCCAAAAAGGUACAAGUUAUUUUUAUUUUUUGAAUUUUAGCUGAGAUUUUAUCAAAGAAUCUGUAAUAGUUGGAAGGCCCGAAAGUAUGAUGAGCUUUCAGAAGGCUUGUUACAUUUUAUUUCUACAGAUUCUGUAGGCUACUUUCCUAUUUCUUCGAAGGCAGGAUGUGUGUUGUACUGACUAUUUGAUAUUCCUUGGCAAGACUCGAAUUCCACUGCCUCAGACCCUUGAUUUUCAUUUGAAAAUAUUAUUAUUAUUUGAAUUAUUAUGUUUUUUUUGUGUUUCUCACAACUCAUUUGAAUGAAUUUGUACGUUGUGCAAUGUGUGUUUCCUUUUGUGACUGCAGUUGCCUCCUAGCAGAGUUUGUUGGUCUUUAGUUUGUAUCUUUAUUCGGGUUAGUCUUUAGGUUAAAAUGACAAUUACUUUUAAACGGUGUAGCUAAUUAGGCCUCGUAAUUUAUAUUUAAUUGAACUUAAUUUGUUUUUAAAGCUUAACAAAAAGAUUACGAAUAAGAGAAACCAUACAGAAAAUGCAAGAAAUUCAAAGAAUUGCUCUGACUAUAAUUAGAUUUUAGUUGAUUUUCCAGAAUUUAACUCGUGUGUGUGUAAAUGAACUACGAUUAUUAGUUAUUAGUUCUUACUAUUUACUAUUACUAUUAUUAUAACUAACUAUUAUCGAUUCGUCGUGCUGCCGGCAAUUUGUUGAAAUAUUUAUUAAUCCAACUAAUCAAAGAGAUUCGCAACACACAAAACUAAAGCUAAAGCAAAAAAACACACACGAAGCGAGGAUAAACUUUUAGUUUGUAGAGAACGCCAAGCAGAUGUAUAAACUUUUGUUAAAUAUGCUAAGUAAACAGUACGGACCUAGCAUUAAGCCUUAAAACUCCCCGCUGCAGCAAGUAAAAUAAUAAACCAAUGCAAAUGUGCAACAUUCCGCCUCCCUAAAA